AUGGCGAAUACACUUCUCUCAAGAGAGUUACCAAAAUCUCUUUCUUUUCGCAAUGCCUUUGUCAACUUUACCGUUGCUCCUAAACGACCUUUUCAUACGUCUGUUUUACGUUCUUUUGCCUGCAAAAAUCAACCGGUGAACACCAGAACAAAACUUGCAGCCACUCAGUUCCGUGCUUAUUCCCUCGAGCAAACAACUCAACUUACACCGGAUAAACCAAUUCAUAAAACAGAAAACAAUAAUCAAUCCAAGCAUGCAUCUUCACACGCUAAUGAAGAAAAGACUGAUUCGAAGUUUAUGUCCAUACACCCUAUAUUUGUAAUACUUGCGGCAUCUGUAGGGUUUGCUAUUUAUAAGUACUAUACCUCUGCUGUCUUUAAAUAUCCAAUAGAAAUUAGAAAAAUUCUUCGGAAAGGUCUCUAUUAUCAUCAAAGGGAUCCAAAUCGCGCGGUAACCUUCUACCAAACUGCUUUAACCCAGGCGUUAAAUCACGAAGAAUUAGAUAAUGCGUCACCCGAAGUCACCGGCAUAAUGAUUCAAUUGGGCAGUCUCUACGAAGAACUUGGCAGGAUACGUGAUGCCAUCGAUGUCUUAACUAUGGCAUAUGAUAUCAUUGUCACACCAGACAACAUUCCAGUAAAAUUGGAGGGAGAGAUAAAGAUCAGAUCGAUUUCGCUGGCGCAAAAGUUGGGAGAUUUACACCAAAAUUUAAGACAACAUGAACAAGCCGAAAAAUAUUAUGUUUGGUCUGUAGAGCAACUAUUACAAUCACAACAAGAACUUUCCCAUAAUAGAAGUGGAUUCUUUUCGAGAAAAGAGGGUUUGGUACUUCCUUCUUGGAUGACAUCGACUGAUUUAGGAGCUUCUCUCGAGGCUCUAGCUUCUUUCUACUCCUCGCAACACAAAUAUGC